UGUAGGCGCGGGUGUAACGGGGCUCUAUGGGCGCGGGGCAUGACGGGAGUUGUAGGCGCGAGUAUAAUAGGGCUCUACGAGGUGCGAGGGAUGGUGGGAGUUGUAGGCGCGAGUCUUAGAGCUCUAUGGGGUGCGGGGGGUGAUGAGAGUUGUAGGCGCGAGUAUAAUAGGGCUCUAUAGGGCGCGGGGGAUGAUGGGAGUUGUAGGCGCGAGUAUAAUAGAGCUCUAUAAGGCGCGGGGGAUGAUGGGAGUUGUAGGCGCGAGUAUAAUAGGGCUCUACGAGGUGCGAGGAAUGGUGAGAGUUGAAGGCGCGAGUAUAAUAGAGCUCUAUGGGCCGCAGGGGAUGAUGGGAGUUGUAUGCGCGAGUAUAAUAGACUUUUAUAGGGUGCCUGGGAUGAUGGGAGUUGUAUGCGCGAGUAUAAUAGACUUUUAUAGGGUGCGGGGGAUGAUGGGAGUUGUAUGCGCGAGUAUAAUAGAGCUCUAUACGGUGCGGGGGAUGAUGGGAGUUGUAGGCGCGAGUAUAAUAGGGCUCUACGAGGUGCGAGGGAUAGUGGGAGUUGAAGGUGCGAGUAUAAUAAAGCUCUAUGGGGCGCGGGGGGUGGCGGGAGUUGUAGGCGCAGAUAUAACUGAUCUCUGUGGCGCAGGGGGUGAUGGGAGCUGUAGGCGCGGGUGUAACAGGGCUCUAUGGUCGCGGGGCAUGACGGGAGCUAUAUGCGCGUGUAUAUUAGGGCUCUGUAGAGCGCAGGUGGUGAUGGGAGUUGUGUGCGCGGGUAUAAUAGGGCUCUAUGGAGCGCAGGUGGUGAUGGGAGUUGUGUGCGCGGGUAUAAUAGGGCUCUAUGGAGCGCAGGUGGUGAUGGGAGUUGUGUGCGCGGGUAUAAUAGGGCUCUAUGGAGCGCAGGUGCUGAUGGGAGUUGUGUGCGCGGGUAUAAUAGGGCUCUAUGGAGCGCAGGUGGUGAUGGGAGUUGUGUGCGCGGGUAUAAUAGGGCUCUAUGGAGCGCAGGUGGUGAUGGGAGUUGUGUGCACGGGUAUAAUAGGGCUCUAUGGAGCGCAGGUGCUGAUGGGAGUUGUGUGCGCGGGUAUAAUAGGGCUCUAUGGAGCGCAGGUGGUGAUGGGAGUGUGUGCGCGGUUAUAAGAGGGCUCUAUGGAGCGCGGGGCACGAUGGGAGUUGUAUGCGCGGGUAUAAUAGGGCUCUGUGGAGCGCAGGUGGUGAUGGGAGUUGUAUGCGCGGGUAUAAUAGGGCUCUGUGGAGCGCAGGUGGUGAUAGGAGUUGUGUGCGCGGGUAUAAUAGAGCUCUAUGGAGCGCAGGUGGUGAUGGGAGUUGUGUGCGCGGUUAUAAGAGGGCUCUAUGGAGCGCGGGGCACGAUGGGAGUUGUAUGCGCGGGUAUAAUAGGGCUCUGUGGAGCGCGGGGCACGAUGGGAGUUGUGUGCGCGGACAUUACGGGGUUCUAUGGGGCGCGGGGAGUGAUGGGAGUUGGAUGCGCUGCUGUAAUGGAUCCGCAAGGCAUGACGGGAGAUAGAGGCGGUGCUUUAAUAGGCCUCAGUGAGGCCGCGGGGCAUGACGGGAGAGGAACGCUUCGCUUUAAUGAGGCCGUGCGGGGCAUGACGGGAGCUGUAGUCCCGAAAGCGGCGCUUGGAGGCCUCUGUCUGGCCUGGGGCACUCGAGGGUCCCGGACGGCGUUUGGGGAUCCCGGGGGGGCUCUGGUGGGGCACUCGGUGGGUCCGCAGGGUGUGGGGGCGCCAAUGGGACCCACGGAGGCGAUGCCGGGCGCUCUGAGGAGCGCGGGGCCUGACGGGAGUUGUAGGCCCCGCUCCAUUAAGCGUCUAUGAGGCCGCCGUGCAUGGCGGGAAUUGUAGGCGAAACACCUCUAAAAUGGCGCCGCCCCAGGCCCCGCCCCGAGGUCCUGUUCGCGGUUGCCGAUUGGUCGCAAGCAGAGACGGGCGGGAGCUUCAGCCAAUAGGGUGAGGCAGAGGCGGGACCAGCUCAUCGAACCCCUCCAGUCCCUCCCAGUUCAUCCCAGUAUCACUCCCAGUACAUCCCAGUUUGCCCCAGUGCCUCCCAGUCCCUCCCCGACCAAACCUCAGCUCUGGCCCCGCCCCUCAGCACUGACCACACCUCCCUCGCUGACCACGCCCUUUUCUAGCCACGCCCCCUUCAUUGGUCACGCCCCCUCCCAGAACCCCCCCCUCAUUUCCAGUUCCCGCGGCUGCUUUGGGAAGUGCUGUCCCUGGCCAGAGGGGACCCCCCCGGUACCUCCAGUCCCUUCCAUUACGACUGGUGUCACCUGCGUGUCGGUGGCCUGGUGGUGGCCGCGGUGCUGAGCGUGCUGGGGAUCGCCGUGCUGCUCAGUGGGAAGUGCAAGUG